AAAAAUUCAAUUGAACAAAUUCUUUGUAAUGAGUUAUCCUACAAAGCCAAAUAAUGGGACACCCCCUGGUCGGGAUAUUCGAUGGGCUGAUACUGAUGAUGAUCCUCCAACAUCACCAGACCCGCGACCAUUCAAGAGGCCGGACGAACCACCUCAGGGGCCUCCCGAUCCUGAGCCCAUCCUAGGUCCACGGGUUAAGCCAUCCAGAUACAUUACAACCACCGAGGAUGACAAAAAUUCGGGCUUCGAGCAGAUAGCCGUCUGCCUGUCAUUGUUGCUUGUGGUCAUCACAUUUCCCCUGUCGAUCUUCUUGUGCCUGAUUGUGGUAAGGGAGAACCAUCGGGUGCUGAUCUUCCGACUGGGUCGCGUCAGGAAGGGCGUCAGGGGCCCUGGCCUCGUGUGGACUCUGCCGUGCAUCGACUCCUAUGUCAUGGUAGAUCUACGCACCUUUGCGACCGAGGUGCCCUCUCAGGACAUCCUCACCAGGGACUCGGUGACGAUUUCCGUGGACGCAGUGCUGUACUUCUGCAUCAAAGAUCCCAUGGAUGCCCUCAUUCAGGUGGAUGAUGCCCGGGAAGCCACCGUGUUGAUAGCCCAGACCACACUGCGGCACAUAGUCGGUGCCAAGCCGCUCCAUACCCUUCUCACCUCGAGAGACACCCUUUCCAAGGAGAUCCAGGUUGCCGCCGAUGAUAUCACGGAACGAUGGGGAGUGCGAGUGGAGAGAGUGGACGUGAUGGACAUCAGUCUACCAGUUUCUAUGCAGCGAUCAUUGGCCAGUGAGGCAGAGGCAAUUAGGGAGGCGCGGGCCAAGAUCAUUUCAGCCGAGGGCGAGCGCAAUGCCUCGCAGGCUCUGAAGGAGGCAUCCGAUGUGAUGUCACAGAACAAGAUCACCCUGCAGCUAAGACAUCUACAAAUUCUUACCGGAAUUGCAGCAGAACAUAGAUGCACGAUUAUUUUUCCAUUCCCCAUGGAUGUGAUGACAGCGUUUGGCACCGUGGAAGGAUCCUCUAAAAGCAAUCAAAAGCCGGAUGGAACAGAUGGCGGUGGGGAGAACCAGACCUCAGAUUUUGAUCACUUUGGAGACUUCACCCCGAAGGUGAUAAUCACAGAGCCAGCAAAUCUCCCCGAAGACCUACGUUUCGGGGAGAGUGGAGAGGAACCAGAAACGAGUAACACACAGAAGCGGGAAGAAACGGAACGGAAAGCUGAAAUUCCAGGAUCUAUGCAGGAACGAAAAGGUGAGGAUGCAGAAUCGCUACAUGAACAAACAGGAGUGGAGAAUGAUAUCAAGAGUAGUGAGGGAGAUAGUAACAACGAAAGGAAAGUAGAAACAGCGGCGGUAGCUGAAAAUGAUAAUAGAUAUGGUAAUAGUAGCAGAAUAGCAUCGAGGCUUACACGUCUUAUUUCGCCAUAUUCUAGACAACCCAAUACAAGAAUCGAGAGUGAAACUGAUCCUCCAACCAGGCCCGCAGCUGAUCAGCACCGGCAGCGCCAAGCUGGAAAUGAAAUCAGUUACUAUUCCAUAAUUCCCGAGAAAGAAGAUGAACCUGAUACAAAUAUUAAAGUUAGUUUAUCGCGAUCUCCUCCGCCGAGACCGCCGCCACCUCCCCCUCCGCCUCCUCCGCCGCCUCCUCCUCCUCCGUCUGCGCCUUCAGCACCGCCCUGGAAUCCUUGGGACGUUUAUUAGUUAUUUAAUCGGAUUGACAUAAAUACCUAAUUUUUAGCAAGGAACCCAUGAAGCUAGUGUCAUAUAAGCUGGUGUCGCUUUCUUUCCAUUCAAACGAAUCAAAAUCUUUUCGAUAUAGUAGUAUAUUAUAUAGUUAUCCCAAAUAUGUCGGAUCUGAAUAAAAUAUUUGUUGGUUGGGCAACAGAGCAGAGUCCAGUUGCAUCGGAUGUGGACUUCGAGGCUCUGAAGAGUGAAGAGUUCGAGGUCAGUCCCAUGGUAUUGGGUCUGAUGCUGUCCUUUUUGCUGUUUGUGAUUGCCUUCUGGAUCUGGCUGAUCUCCCGAAGCUGUCUGCUGGCAGAGCCUGUGCAGAAUACUAAGGGCCGAAGGGCUCGACAGGAAGGAGGUCAAUCUACUGCGGCAAGAAAGUCCGCAGGUCGCGUCUUAAACAAAAAGAAGAAAAGCCGCACGUCCUUGUCCAGCAAACCGAAGUGGAGCAGCUUUCUAUCAUUGCCGCAGCUCAGAUCCCCACGACUGUCAAAAAGCUAUUAUAUGGGAUUGGACCGGAUGGCGCCUUUCCAUCUUCGCUUCGAGUCGGAGCGCAUCACCAGCGAUUCGAAAACGAUCACUCAAAGCACAAUGAAUGCGAGAACGGGACCGGGAAGUGGACCGGGAGCAGGAACAGGAUCAUCAUUGACAGAAACAAGCAUUCGAGUAUCUAAGGAAUCCUCCAGAGCAAACACAACGUCUACUAUUGGAACAGGUACAGGAUCAUCAUCAUUGUCAGAAUCAAGCAGUCGAGUGUCUAAAGAAUCGUCCAGAGGAGCCUAUGAUAACACAACUGGAAUGUCUACCUCACCCCACGGCUGUUUGGUCAACAAUCGGAGCAGGACAGCCGGUUUGCCCUUGAAGAAAUACAAAAUCCGGUGGGCCAAUUUGGCCAAUCAGAAGGUUCGAUUCAUGAUUUAAGACACAAUGCUACACAGUGAAAGCUCCUUAGAACGGUCAUCAUAAAUUUGACAAGAGAUUAAAGUCCAAAAUUAUAAAUAUUACCCUCCUGU